CCCGGCCCGCCGUGCCCGGCUCUCCGGCGGCGCCGAUGGGGCUGCGGGCCUGGCUGCGAUCGCUCGGCUGCUGCGGCUGCUGCGGCGGGGAGGCGGCGGUGGCCGAGAAGGAGCCCCUGCUCAGUAACAACAACCCCUACGCGUCCUUCGGAGCCACCCUGGCGCGGGAUGAGGAGCAGAACCUGUGGAGCACUCCCCACGACGUGACCCACACCGAGGCCGACGACGACCGCGUGCUCUACAACAUGAUCGUGGUCAGGAACCAGCUGGACAAAGACUCCGAGGAGUGGCAGAAGCUCAACUAUGACAUUUAUACUUUGCGGCAGACCCGGAAAGAAGUGAGGAGCAGGUGGAAACACAUUUUGGAGGAUUUAGGUUUCCAGAAGGAAGCGGAUUCCCUCUUGUCAGUGACCAAACUCAGCAUCAUCAGUGACUCUCAGAACAUGAGCAAGGCCCGGGACAUCUUGUUAAAGCUCUCAGAAGAGACCAACAUCUUCCCUACCAGCUGGGAGCUUUCUGAGCGCUACCUCUUUGUGGUGGACCGGCUCAUCGCCCUGGACGCCGCGGACGAGUUCUUCAGGAUGGCCAGCGCGGUGUAUCCCAAGCGGCCGGGCGGGGACGAGACCCCGCAGCCCCCGCAAAGCGGCCCGGCCGCGGUGCCCUGAGGAUGAUCCCUGCUGGGUGACACGGCCAGCGCUCCGGGACAGGCUCCAGGAGAGGAGCAUCCUUGUUUCCCUGCGGAGAAGGGCGAGGGCGGGCGGCGCGGGGCAGGGAGGCAGCGAGCCGUGCCCAGCGGAGCGCACGGAAAGGCGGACGCUGGCCCCGAGGGGCUCCCGGGCACGAGGGGGUGACAGCUGCCCUGAAGUAGCCCCGGUAGGACACCACUGGCCAAUAGUGCACGCAGUAGGCACGGGGAGGAUCUGUGAGGAAAUCCACCUUUCCACCUUCCACCGGUACCUGCCACUGUCCCCUCCCCUGAGCCUGCCAGCCAGGAGGAGCAGAGAAAGAGGAAAAUCAUCUCCUUCAUCUACAGCUCCAUGACUCUGGGCACCUCUUCCUCACCCCAGCCCUCCAGGCAGGUCCCAAGGGAUUUGAUAAGAGGCAGGAGCCUUGCCAGGACAGGAUUUAAUUCCAGGCAGCAAAGCCUUGGAGCAGUGUCACAGCUGGGUGAUCCAUCCCCAGCCAUUAGUGCUCGAGGGAUGUUUUUGUCAGGGGUCCUCAGCUUGACAUCUUAAAAGAAGGUAGAGUUCAGGAAGGUGCCAACUUCAGAGCUGCUGAGAAUUUGGCUCCUGGAACAUUGGUUGCCCAGCAUCUCUAUUUUGAAAAGUUUUGGUCUUAAUUGCCUAAAAAACCCCACCACAAAGCUGCAUGUACUGGCAAUAUAAAAAUCCUCACUACCAGCAGGGGUGGUAUAAUAAACAUCCUUUUUAUCUUGGGGUUUUGUCUGAUAAUGAGCAAUAAUUUUUAAAACACUGGAUUUGAUAAUUUAAAAACAAGUGGAAUUUCUUCACUGAUAAACACACAUGCUGCUAUUUGGCCAGUUGAAAAUGCUGGUUACACAGGGCCUCCCAAAGUAGCAAACCAGAGCUUUUAUUUCUUUAUACCUAUGGCAUUUGAAAAAAAAAUAAAUAUUUAUGAACUGUUUUUGUUUGUCAGUCUUCCUGGAAAACAUUUUUGUCAACUCAGAACAGCAGUGAAAGCUGAGUUUAAUAAAGAAAACAUUACAAAACCA